CACACUGCGCACGCGCGUGCAACGAACAUACUGCGCACAAAGACGCAGGAAGGAUCGGCCGCCGGAGACAUACACAAGAUGGCCGCCCAUCCUCACGUGACCGAGCUCCGACACUAGCGUGUUUCCGGCCCUUGGAUUGCGGCCUAGCUCAGGCCGAGAAAGCGGCGGCUAUUUUAUCUUCGCGUGUGUGCGUUCUUCGGUGCGGCGAGGCCUCGUCCAUUUCACAGGCAGCGGCCGGGGAAGACCCGGGGCCCGAUUCUCCCGGUGACGUUAUCCGAAGGGGUGUGUCGUAGGACGGACCGGUCAUGUGAUUUACCAGGUCCUGGUGGAGGUCAUGGACGAUUCUGCCCCAGAAGAGCAUCGAUCCGAUACUCUGGAGGUCGGGGAGGACCAACAGGACUCUCUCCCCUCCCACGAUGAUGGUCUGGAGCAAGGAAGCAUUAAAGAGGAGGAUGACGAUGACGUAUCCGGAGGGGAAACCGGUGUGUCCACAAGAGGGGGGAGAGACCCUGAGGUGACGGUGGAGAUCGGGGAGACUUACCUGUGUCGGAGAGCAGACAACACUUGGCAUUCCGCAGAGGUGAUCCAGUCUCGGCUGAACGAGCAGGAGGGACGCGAGGAGUUCUAUGUGCAUUACGUGGGCUUCAACCGCCGCUUGGAUGAGUGGGUGGAUAAAAACCGCCUGGCACUGACGAAGACCGCUAAGGACGCAGUCCAGAAAAACACAGACCAGUACCUGAACGAGCUCUCCGAGCAGCCAGAGAGGAAAAUCACCAGGAACCAGAAGAGGAAACACGAUGAGAUCAACCAUGUGCAGAAGACCUAUGCGGAGAUGGACCCCACUACUGCAGCGCUGGAGAAGGAGCAUGAGGCGAUCACAAAAGUGAAGUACGUGGACAAGAUCCACAUUGGGAAUUACGAGAUUGAUGCGUGGUACUUUUCCCCCUUCCCAGAGGAUUAUGGGAAGCAGCCUAAACUCUGGGUAUGCGAGUACUGCCUGAAGUACAUGAAGUUUGAGAAGAGUUAUCGCUACCACCUGGGACUAUGCCAGUGGCGGCAACCCCCAGGGAAGGAGAUUUACAGAAAGAACAACAUAUCCGUGUACGAGGUGGACGGGAAGGACCACAAAAUCUAUUGCCAGAACCUGUGCCUCCUGGCCAAGCUCUUCCUGGACCACAAGACUUUGUACUUCGACGUGGAGCCUUUCGUCUUCUACAUCUUGACGGAAGUGGACCGGCAAGGGGCUCACAUUGUGGGCUAUUUCUCUAAGGAGAAAGAGUCCCCAGAUGGAAACAACGUGGCUUGUAUCCUAACCCUCCCGCCGUACCAGAGGCGAGGCUACGGGAAGUUUCUCAUCGCCUUCAGUUAUGAGCUGUCCAAGCUAGAAAACACGGUGGGCUCCCCCGAGAAGCCGCUCUCCGACCUGGGCAAGCUCAGCUACCGCAGCUACUGGUCCUGGGUUCUGCUGGAGAUCCUGCGGGAUUUCAGAGGGACUCUCUCCAUCAAAGACCUCAGCCGUAUGACCAGUAUAACGCAGAAUGACAUCAUCGGGACCCUGCAAUCGCUGAACAUGGUGAAAUACUGGAAGGGACAGCAUGUCAUCUGUGUCACCCCCAAACUGGUGGAGGAACAUCUCAAGAGCGCACAGUACAAGAAGCCCCCCAUUACAGUGGAUUCCCCGAACCUGAAGUGGGCUCCGCCAAAACACAAACUAAUGAAGGUCCCCAAAAAAUAAAAAGGUGAAGGCUCGGAAAAAAUCCCUGAAGCACGGAGGACACACCUGCCAGAUUUGCCACCACUCGCACUUAGCAGGAGCGGAUGUCAAGUCCUCGCUUGGAGGAGGAAAUAAAUCCAUGUAGUUUGCUUGGAAAUAAUAUUCUGUACCAUAGAGAGUAACAAACGUUUUAUUUCUGUUUACAAGACUUUUUUUUAUUUACAAAAGAACUUUUUUUCUUAUGAAAAGAUUUCAGAGUUAGAAAUACUGAGCGCCGUCUCCCAGCGCCCCUGCGUGUGGCGGGAUUACUGGGAGAGCGGUCCAGGAUGUGUAACGCAGGAAGAGCGCUAAUACUCCCGUUAUACUGGUAGCCGUGGAAAUAUCUUCCCCUGAUACAUGUAAUAAAUGUUACCCUGGUCUGAA